AUGUACUCCAAAUUCUGGCCUAAGGGUGGCCUCCCGGGUAUUUUGCACCAUUAUACCGAAACUCUUGUCACAUUCGAAUACGCGGGCAGCGCGCCUCGACAACCCCACAGCAUCCUAUUCGUUGGAGGUCUCGGAGAUGGCCUUGCGACCACGUCCUAUAUGUCUGACCUCGUCCGUGCUCUACAACCAACAGAGUGGUCGCUUUUCACUCUGAAUCUCACCUCAUCCUACCAGUCAUGGGGUCUCGGACAUCUCGAUCGAGAUACAAAUGAGAUUGCCCAGUGUCUUAAUUAUAUCAAAGACUAUAAGACCUCAAAGUUCGGCACGGGCAAGAUCGUUCUCAUGGGUCAUUCGACGGGGAGUCAGUGCGUGAUGCACUACUUGUAUCGGCCUAACCCUCACAUGGAUAUUCCAGCGUUUGAUCCAGAUAUUGAGUAUGUCAAACGCAUGCCACUUGAUGGAGCAAUCAUGCAAGCGCCUGUGUCCGAUCGGGAGGCAGUUCAAUGGGUCCUAAGCGAAGGAAUCGGCGGCAAAACGGGCAGCGAAAUUCGCCCGGUGUACGAGAAGAUGGUUACCCUGGCGAAGGAAACAGUCGAAAAGGGCGAUCCCUAUGAUACUAUGCUUCCUUUGUGGAUGACGUCUCAUAUUUAUCCAGCGAAUACCGCAAUCAGUUGCCGAAGAAUCUUGAGUCUUAUCAGUCCAGACAGCCCUCAAUCGCCGGGUGAGGAUGACUUGUUCAGCUCCGAUCUUAGUGACGAACAGCUAAGAACUACAUUUGGCAUGAUCAAACAGCAAGGGCUGUUGAAGCACAAAUUGAUGGUUCUGUAUUCCGGUGCAGAUCAAGCAGUUCCUGAAUGGAUCGACAAGGAGAAGCUGUUGUUGAGAUGGAAGGAGGUCACAAAUCACAAUGGCAAAUAUGAGACUUGGGACCAACAGCACAGCGCCAUCAUUCCCGGGGCUUCCCAUGCACUGAGCAACGAUGACCAAGCCGAGCCCCGGAAGCUCCUUGUGGAGAAGGUUCUUGGAUAUUUGAAAUCCGCAGAGAAUGUAUGA